CGAAUUCUCCACUCAUAAUUCUAAUUCCACCCUGUUUUUCUCCUUUCUUCCCCAAUUAGCCAAGACAGGCUUCUCUAAAAACCCAUGCAUCCAGCGGUGAAGCCAGAUCGAAACCCUAAUAAUUUCUAUUAUUAUUUAUCGAUGAGUCAAUUCAGAUUCAGAUAAACAAAUUCAGGGAAUUUCAGAAAGAAUAUUUUGAAUCAUCUAAAAGGUAUUUUUUGAUUUUGAAAUAAAUAGAGAUGGCGAUCUUGUAUUCGUUGGUAGCAAGAGGAUCAGUAGUAUUAGCUGAAUUUAGUACGACAUCGACGAAUGCGAGCGCAAUUGCAAGACAAAUAUUGGAGAAAAUACCAGGGAAUGAUGAUAGUCAUGUUUCUUACUCACAAGAUCGAUAUAUCUUUCAUGUCAAAAGAACUGACGGUCUUACUGUUCUUUGUAUGGCUGAUGAAACUGCUGGAAGAAGGAUCCCGUUUGCAUUUCUUGAAGAUGUUCAUGGGAGGUUUGCGAAGACUUACGGUCGUGCUGUUCACACAGCUCUUGCUUAUGCCAUGAAUGAUGAGUUCUCAAGGGUCUUAAAUCAACAGAUGGAAUAUUAUUCUAAUGAUCCAAAUGCAGAUAGGAUAAAUAGAUUGAAGGGUGAGAUGAGUCAGGUACGUAACGUGAUGAUAGAUAAUAUCGAUAAAGUUCUGGAAAGGGGAGAUCGCUUGGAGUUACUUGUUGAUAAAACUGCUAACAUGCAAGGAAAUACAUUUCGCUUCAGAAAGCAAACCCGGCGAUUCAAGAACACUCUGUGGUGGAGAAAUGUCAAGCUCACGAUUGCGUUGAUAAUUCUUAUUUUAGUGGUUAUUUAUGUCGUGCUCGUGUUCGUGUGCCAUGGUGUUACACUGCCCUCCUGCAUAGGGUAAAUGAACAAAUAAGUGGUUGUAUCUCUUGUUUGAAACAACAUAUUAUUAUUUUUGUUGUGAUAUAUAGUUUUUACCUAAAUUAAAAUUGCUUGUGUGGAUACCGAUUGAAAAGACAAGAUAAAGAUGCUUGUUUUGGUGGCUUAAGUUAUCUGAAACUGUAAUUCGUUAAAUGACAAUGGUUAACACCUCUGUCAGUUGAUUGUUUCAUGGGGUUAUAGUUUUUCA